GUGUUACAAUCACCAGGUGUAAGUAUGAAAAAUCAGGCACUGGAUGGACCAAAGCAGCGCAUGAAGGUGUUUGUGACCAGAAGGUUACCCCCAGAAGGCCAGAAACUGUUGUCCAAGUCUGAUCUCGAUGUCCAGCAGUGGGACUCUGAUGACGUUAUUCCAAAGGAGGAGCUGCUUAAAGGCAUUGAAGGCGCUGAUGGAUUGCUGUGCUUAUUAACUGAUACAAUUGAUAAAGAAGUUGUAGAUGCAGCAGGCCCUAAGCUAAAAGUUAUCAGCACUCUAUCUGUGGGCUUCGACCACUUGGCACUGGAUGAAAUAAAACAGCGUGGAAUCAAGGUUGGAUCUAUGCAACAUCUUUCAACUGAUGUCACAGCAGAGCUUGCAGUAACCUUACUGCUAACAACCUGCCGCCGCGUGCCAGAGGCUAUGGAAGAAGUUAGGAAUGGAGGAUGGAAAACCUGGUCACCUAUGUGGCUAUGCGGUUAUGGACUGUCUGACAGCACUGUUGGUGUGAUGGGCUUGGGAAGAAUAGGUCUGGGUAUUGCCCAACGUCUCAAACCAUUUGGUGUGAAGAGGUUUUUAUAUACUGGAAUUCCUCCCUGUCUUAAGAGUGUAGAAGAACUGAAAGCAGAGCUAGUGUCCACUGAGAAACUUGCUGAGGAAUCAGACUUUGUGCUCGUAUCCUGCCCUUUGACGCCAGAGACUGCAGGACUUUGCAACAAAGAUUUCUUUCAAAGGAUGAAGAAGACUGCUGUCUUUAUUAAUACAAGUCGAGGUCCUGUUGUUAAUCAGGAAGAUCUUUAUCAGGCCCUAGUGACUGGGCAGAUUGCUGCUGCUGGAUUGGAUGUGACCACACCAGAACCAAUUCCUACAGACCACCCACUCCUCACCCUGAAGAACUGUGUGAUCUUGCCUCACAUUGGAAGUGCUACACAUGGUGCCAGAAAUGCCAUGUCUGUGCUUGCUGUAAAUAACCUGCUGAAAGGCCUGGCUGGAGAAGUGAUGCCUGGUGGAAUUGAAUUGUGAAUAAGCCUCAGGUCAUGGUCAGAAGUCUGGGUGAUAUGGAAGCAGCAGGACAUCUAAUGAAAAGCACAACUACUUGCAGCUAUUGACUAUGUUGAAUGAGUUGUCAUUCUAACUUGAUUAACUUGACUUCUGUGGUAUGAGCCUGUCUACUAUGCAUCUAACUUCCUGAAAUAGCAGUUGUACAUUAAAGUCUGUUUCCUGCAGAGAAA